AUCUCUUCCCCUUGGGGGCCCAGGCCUGCACAAUAGCCCCUGGGGCUGCCACACUCUGGCUUAAGUAGUUGCCUAGGCAACAGCAGGGGCCAACUUCAACCAAUCCAUGGCAGAGACUGGUAGGGGGAGGGAGGCAGGGCAGGAAAGGGGUACUGUCCCCUUGCUGGAUCCUAUAUAAGGAGGAGCGAUGGGAUUGGAGUGCCCUGGGAUUGGAGUGCCCUGCAGUGGACUUGGGGGCAGAGCACAAAGAUGCUUAGGAAGGGCCACUGCAAGCCCGGGUCCUGGGGCAGCUUCUGGGCUACCCUGGCCCUGGUGGGACUGGUCACUCGUGCAGCUCAGAGAGCUGAUGUGGGUGGGGAGGCAGCAGGCACCUCCAUCAACCACUCCCAGAUGCUGCUCCAGCGACUGCAGGACCUGCUGCGGCAGGGCAACGCCAGUGAUGUCGUCCUGCGUGUCCAGGCUGUGGGCACCGACGAGGUCCGAGCCUUCCACACCCACCGCUUACUGCUGGAGCUGCGCAGUGAGCUUUUCCGGGAGCUGCUGAGCAACCAGAGCGAGGUGCUACUGCAGGAACCCCGGGACUGCGCGGCUGUCUUUGACAAGUUCAUCAGGUAUGUAGGGGAAGGGGUCACAGAGGUUUAA